AUGGAUGCAAUUAGGCCUAUUAAACCUCCCUUAUCUGCUCACCAUGAGUAUAUUCUGAAAGCCACAGAUUACUUUAAAAAGUGGAUUGAGGUCCAAGCCUUCAAGAGUUUAAAUGUAAGGGCAGUAAUCUUAUUCUUGGAAGAGAAAAUCUUUACAAGAUAUGAGAUUCCGAAAUCUAUAACCGUGAAUCAAGCAACCAUGUUUACAGGAUAUGAGUUCAAUUCCUAUCUCAAGGAAUUCGAGAUUCAAAAGAUUCAUUCAACCCCUUAUUUUGCCCAAGCUAAUGGACAAGCUGAAGCCACUAACAAAGUAAUCUCUAAAGGAAUCGCUAAGAUGGUGGUUGAAAAUCCUAAAAAUUGGCACAUUCUCUUGCACUAUGCUACUUGGGCAUAUAGAACGUCAAAAAGAGAUGCAAUAGGAACUACCCCUUACCAAGUAUUGUAUGGGCAUAAGCUUAUUGUACCAGAAGAACUAAGCGUUAAGUCUACCAGGGUAGCUAAACAAAUGGGUAUUAACCAGGAAGACUAUCAAUAA